GCAGCGCUGUCCCAAUGGGCACAGUGAGCACUCCUAUUUUCAACAAAUCGUCUCGCGACGUGGAAUUUAAGGGGUUCCCUUUCUCCGACAGUGAUGACCACAAUCUCGGUUUGAAGCGGGCGGAGGGAGGAGCACGUGUGGUAACUUUAGUCCUUUAUAAAUCUCCUACAAGCGACAACUGCUGUCCGCUAUUGACACGCGUAAAAAAGACGAGCCGUUCCCCAACUAAAUGGGUUGAGGGAGACGCGUUAAAGCACUAUGCAGUCGCACUUAAGGCAAACUCCGAGCUGUUUUUUAAAAGCUACUUUUAAAGGGAGACUUUCUCAUCGUAAAAUCACAACUGUGUAUGAAUCUGAUUUGAUUUCGCCUUAACGCGUCAGCCAAACUUGAAAAAAUAAAUCACACAUUAAGUCCCUGCUGAACGCCAGGACCGAGUUUGAGUUCGGAUGUUUAUUAAACAAGUUUGUGAUAUGUCUGAAGAAUAAAAAAAAGGCAAUGAAUCGCACAACAAAGCACUGAAGUUUGACAGACCUGGGCUGGUGUUGGGGUGAGGUGCGGUUGGAGAGCUGCGGUGGAAGUGUGCUCAGUUCCACGGGCUACACGUCUGUGCGUCCCGCUGACGAAAACCGACUUUUUUUAACUCUCCUGUUUUCAUCUGAUAUAUUUCAGAUCCGUUUGGUGGCCGCACGUCCACCUCUGGAAACAUUCAGCUGCACCUUUACGCACUCUCGCUGUGCGUUCACCGUCAUCCGGGAAUAGAUUCGUUCGAUCCCUUUCUGAACGAAUAACGGGUCUCUCUUUUUUGUGUCGAGACAGUUGAAUGGAUUUUAAGGCACACUUUACUGAAACUAGGGCAUUAGAACCAUACGACUUUCAUAUAGCUGUUAUUGGGUGAACAUUUUCCUGAAUCUGUUUUUUUUUUAUCUGAGAUUUGAAGACGUCAGAGGAGAAGAUGAACCUGUGUAUCGUCAGCCUUCUCCUCACUUUGGAUUUAGCCACCGUGGCGCUCAGUUUGUCCACAUGCAGCACGCUGGACAUUGAUCAGUUCAAGAAGAAGCGCAUCGAGGCCAUCCGAGGGCAGAUCCUGAGCAAACUGAAGCUCGCCAGUCCCCCGGAGGACUUCCCCGAGCCCGAGGAGGUGUCUCGAGACAUUGUCGCCAUUUACAACAGCACACGCGACCUGCUGCAGGAGAAGGCGAACGAACGGGCGGCGACAUGCGAGCGGCAGAGGAGCGAGGAGGAGUAUUACGCCAAAGAGGUGCACAAGAUCGACAUGCAGCCUUUCUACCCGUCAGAGAAUGUUAUAUCUCCUACACACUUCAAUCCUUACUUCAGGCGGCUGACGUUUGAUGUGUCUUCCAUGGAAAAGAACGCUUCCAACCUGGUGAAGGCGGAGCUCAGAAUCUUCCGUCUUCAAAACCAUGGGGCCCGAGUGUCUGAGCAGCGCAUCGAACUCUAUCAGAUUUUAGGACACAGAGACUCGACAUCCCCAACACAGCGAUAUAUAGACAGCAAGGUGGUACAAAUGCGAACGGAGGGAGAGUGGCUGUCCUUUGAUGUGACAGAGGCAGUGAGUGAAUGGUUGAACCACAGAGACAGAAACAGUGGAUUCAAGAUCAGCCUGCACUGCCCAUGCUGCACAUUUGUACCAUCAAAUAACUACAUUAUUCCCAACAAGAGUGAGGAGCUGGAGGCACGGUUUGCAGGUAUUGAUGACAGCUUCGUCCAUGGUGUUGACCUGAAGGCGUUUAAGAAUCGGCGACACAGCACUCAGGCUCCACACCUUCUUCUCAUGCUGCUGCCUUCAUACCGGCUGGAGUCCCAUUCCCAGCACACGAACCAACGAUCCAAGAGAGCCCUGGACACAGCCUACUGCUCCAAGAACGUUCAGGACAACUGCUGCUUACGGUCACUCUACAUCGAUUUUAAGAAGGACCUGGGUUGGAGGUGGAUCCACGAGCCCAAGGGCUAUGAGGCCAACUUUUGUGCUGGGGCCUGUCCAUAUCUUUGGAGCGCCGACACCCAGCAUUCCAAGGUGUUAGGCCUGUAUAACACCAUUAACCCUGAAGCAUCUGCAUCACCCUGCUGCGUCUCUCAGGACUUGGAGCCCCUCACCAUCCUCUACUACAUUGGAAAGACCCCCAAAAUAGAGCAGCUCUCCAACAUGAAGGUCAAGUCCUGCAAGUGCAGCUAAAAGCGCUUACAAGCCAGCACAAACACUCUCUCCUUCCUUCACACAAACACAGACACACACACACACACACACACACACACACACACACACACACACACACACACACACACGCACGUACAACUGUAUUUUCUCUGACAUUACAUUACAUUAUACUCACAGCAGUGUUUUCACACCGGCACUUUGGGGUGGUGUGCUGGAGAAUGGAGGUCAGACAGAUUCAAUGCAUACACAACAUAUAGAACAGUGUCAUCAUGAUACCAGAAACUUGACUUUGAUACCAAUGCUGAGUACCAUAGCUACAGUGUUGCAUUGCAUAGGUUGACACUGCCUAAUCACAAGCAGACUGGGGCUUGUGUACAGCGAAUGUCAUGGAGAACACAAGAGUCUUUAGUUUGUUGUGUAAUAUGUUGCUUUCCAAGCAUUAAGAGCUGUUGGCUGUCCAAUAUCAACAUGCAGCUUUUUUUUUCACCUAUUCAACCAUCUCCAAGAGGAGUGCCAGUGUAGUUAUUUGGUGCUACACAAGUCUGAAUGACAAUGUUCUUAUGUAGCCAAGCAAACCAAGACAGCAAAAAAUAAGAAUGCCCUCACAUUUAAUAGCUUUACGUGCAGCUGAAAACCAUGAAAUAAUAUAGUAGAGGGUUUGAUCACUGCUGUCUUUAAGUGAAAUAGUUAGAUAUGUUGCUCCUGGCAACAGUUUAUAAACCAUAUUAAAUAGAAUGGGAUCCAGUUCAUGAUGUGAAAAACUGGUUGAUACCAAACAGCAACUGCGUGAUGAAUCCAGUGAAAUGCCUUAAAGGUAGUGUUGGUAAAGUUGGAAAGCUAGCAAGAUUUGAAAGUAGCAUCUCCUCGGGGCUCCUUUCAAUACCUCUGCAUUUAAAUUCAGGAUUUUUACUAUGCGGUAUUAAUAGUUUUAAUAUUAGCCUUUGAGUACUUUUUCUACCACUGCCAAUAUCAACAUUCCCAGUUAGAGAAAGGGUGAAAGUAAAGCAAGACAGCAUUUGACUGCAGCCCCCAAAUCACUAAAUCUGCCCCUGAAAAACACACCAAGUUGCAGCUACUUGUGGCCAGAAACACACUCAGCGGAGGUAUUCAUUUCCAAACAGGCAUAUUAGUUGCUUGCUUUGACAUAACUACGGCAGUUAAGUAAUCUAAAAACAUGAUUAAUUAGGCAUUUUGCCAGUGGUAACGUUAUUAGGGUUCUGCAAUGGCACUUUUCCUGCAAGAUAUCUUCUCAUGUUCGUUUGACUCCAGGAAAAUGAAGAAGAGUUUGAGUGUAAUGUUAAUAUACCCAGCAUCGUGAUCAGAAACACACACGGUGAAAUACACAGGGGUGGCUGUGAAUCAGAGGUAGAGUAGCACAAGAUUUGCGGUUCAAUCCUAUGCUCCUCCGGCCACAUGUCAAAGUGUCCCUGAGCAAGACACUGAACCCCAAGUUGCUCCCCGGAUUCAGGUUAAAUGCAGAGAUUUAAUUUCACUACAUUGUAUUGUAUGAUUGUAUGUGAAGAAUAAUAAAGUUUCUUCUUCUCACUUGGCGGAGAUAUUCAUUUUUCAAAGAGGUGUAUAGGUCACUGGUGGCCCCCUGCAGACGGCAUGCUUGACAAAGUCCGCUGAGCCAUGAAGCCCGGCAGAGCCCUGAGGCCCUGCCCCCACUGCUGCACAGCUGUUUGCAUGUUUAUUAGGAGUUUAUUAAUAUUAUAUGUGUCCAAAUUGCACCAAAUCUGACACAAAGCACACCAUUAGGUCUCCAGCAAUACAUACGCCAAGUGUGAAGUAAGAUAAGAUAAACCUUUAUCGUCAUUGCACAGAGAUCCAUACAAUGAAAUUGUGAGUGCCACAAUAAGAUUGACAAUAAAUAGCUAAAAACAAGAAUAAUUUAAGACAUAAAAAUACUUAGGACGGGACAGGAAAAGUAAAUCGGAUGAACAGUUCUGGAGAUAUGGAAAGGACAGACAGACAGACAGAGAUUCCCUGCUUUAGAGUUUGAUAUUUACAUGCAAUUGUUUUUUUUUCAAAUUUAAAAUGUCUAGCUUAGUACAUAUCUGGGUCACAAUUCUUCUAUGACCACAUUUUAAGAUUUCAGUGCUAGUUGCUUUGGUGACACCCCUGGUGUUUAUUUUGAAUUCCCUGUCUUCUCCAGUGCACACUGGAGUACACUGCCUAGAGGUGACUCUGAAACAAAUUUCAGCUGGCAGAACACAUUUGAUGAAAAUAUAUAAUGAUUGUAAAGUAAUCUUUAGCAGUGGUAUCAAAGUCAUUCCAAAAUGUGGCUUAUUGUAGCCCCACUGCACAGGACACACACAUGCUGCACAUGUAUGAUACACAUACAUACAUACAUACAUGCAUACAUAUGGCUUUUGUACAGGUAUGUCCCUGUUCGCAAUUUAAAGGCCCUGUCAACAUGCAUCACCUCACACAAUUGUCACAUUGAGAGAUAUAAGAUUAAGGCAAACACUGGAAGUAUAAGUGAUAAGUGUCUACAUGUGAAAUAAGUCCUGAAAAUAACACAGCCCCACCCCUGACAUAUACCCCCCACUUCACUCCCCUCUGCCCACAGUUUUCACAGUCACAGCAAAGCAUGUUCUCAUUUGUGUGUGUUCUUGUUUGCUAUCCUUUGUAGGUUUUCUAAAUCAAGUAUGAAACUUGCAUGCACUGACUAUAAAAACUAGACCCCAUUUGUCAAAAACCGGAAUUAUCCCUUUAAUGUUAUGGACACACAGAUUCUUGCUGUCGUAUCUAGAAUAACUUAUGUAAAGUCAAUGAACAGAGGUGUCUUUAAUGUGUUUUAUGGCUGUACAUACUAUUGAUUGCUGUUGAAAAAUUACAGGCUUUCCACACAUAGAGAAAGCCUUAGAAUUACAGCGGUAUCAUCUCAUAGCCACAGAUUCAGUCCACACUAGCUAUGAAAGGUCUGGGUUCAAAGAAGGGAGAUGCUGUCUUCUGGUAAGUAAUGAUGGAGCUUUGUUUGGAGAAAUGUUGUUGAUUAGUGUGAUGAAAGAUUAUAGAAUGUAUAAAUGAAGAAUAAAUAUGACCUUCAAAAAAGGCUCCUAGAACCAAAAAUAUUACAGCCACCUCUGUCGCUCUGUAGUAGCGGUUUGUAGUGUCAUCAGUUUGUUGUCUGCCUGCCAACGUCAAACAUUUAUUUCACCCAUAAAUUUGCAAAGUCUGUCUGUCUGUCAUUGUCUUUUUGUUUCUUUAAUAAAAACAAACUGCACUGAAGUUGUUUUAAUUAUACUAUUUUAAAGUACCAAGUUUUCUUCAGAACUCCCCCCAUUAUCAAAUGAAGAGUGACCUGUCCCUUUGUGCCAGUGGACCUGCUGAGUAGCAGAAAACAAAGCGAGUUAGGCACCAACUUUGUCACAAAGGAGCUGUUAUUUUCUGUCUAUUUGUUGUUGUUUUGAUGAUGAUGAUGAUGAUGAUAUUGUGACCCACUAUGCUGUAUUGUAACACAGUGUUGUUGUGGUGCUUUAGUGGUAAAUAAAUUAUUUAACUUUCAAGGGAA